AUGCUGUCAGAUUGGACCAAAGUGGGCCCAUCGCUGGACUUUUUCUUGGCCACAGAACACCAAGGAAUAUUGGCGCUACUUCUCGAACGAGCUUCCUGGGCCUUCAAGUUUGAGCACCAAGCGCCUGCUCGCCAAGAUUAUGAUGAGCAAAUAGAAUGGCACCAGCUAGCUGGACGGCGGUUCCAAAGGAUGAGAAAAUGCUUGGCCUGCCGGCAAGAACGGUUUCAUCGUACAUUGUUGGCUGUGGUGGUGGAGCCUCUUCGCCACCUUCACUCCUCCUUCCUGAAGUUUGCACAUAGCGCAGCCGAUGAUCGCAACUACCCUAAACUACUGGAUGAAGUUUGGCCAGCCCAAAGCAUGUACGUGGCAAUUCUGCAAUACUUCUCAACCUUCCUGGCCAACCAGUGUUCAAGGCUCCGGCUCCUUUUCCAGAUCAGUGGCUGCAGAAGCUUUGAGGAGUGGUGUGCAGAGGAGCCGCUUCAGGUUAGUGCAACAAGGUCACAGUUGCUUUUGGUGGCAACGGUGCUUGCGAGGCGAUACCACACUACCCUAUACAGGUGGCCUUGGAAACUUUUUGGGAUAGCAGACAUGCGCAGAAGCAGCUUCGACCACAAGGCGCUGACUGAGGAGUUCUGGCAAACGCCUAUGUGCUGCCUACCGGCAGGUUUCUCCCGACAAAUCAGGACUGUUGUGGGUUCCAUGGAUGCGUUCAUCCAACAAUUGCCACUUUGGCGCUGGCUAUUGCUGAUGUCGGCUCUCACUAUCAAGGGGACGAUUGCUGGUGUGGAGCGGCGGCAUGCCACCCACAAGCGCAAUGCACACCCCCAAAUGCCCUUUUGCCAUUUCACAGCUGAGACUUUCUUGUCGUUGAGCAGCAUUUUGUCUUUGGCGCGUCAUCAAAUGAUGGCACUGGAGCGGCUCGAAAAGGAAAGACAUGCACGUGAACUUGAAAACCACAGCGACCAAGCUCCAGAGACCAGUGAGACCAGUCUUGUCAGAAGUGAAGCGGUGAAGAAACAACGAUUACGCGCGCCCAGCGUUUGGGACUUGUGGAGACGGGAGUGGUUUGCCAAAGAGAAGCAGCUUGGCAACAAGAGGUGGCCUGGCGAUCCAGCGUGCUGGCAAGCUUGCAAGGAUGAGUUCGCAGCAUUGUCUGAAGAGUGUCUUGCUGCCCUGUCUGCGAGGGCAGAGGCAUCCCGCUCGGUUGUAGAAAUGCAGCCUGGCUUAUAUAUUUCAUCCGUUGUCAGAGAGUGA